GGCGAAGCAUUCAAUAAAAAUGGCCCUCCUUCUGCUGAACAGGUUGAAACUGAUGCCGAUUCCGGAGGACAAAGCCCUGGAAUUAAAUCGGACGAUACCGCUGCAGAGGAAGAGGAGCACACGGAAGAUGAGAAAUCUAGCGUUGUAGAAUCCGAAGAGGCGCCUGUCUUAGAUAAAAACGGAAGAGAAUGCAAGGACCGUCAUGAUUUGUGCAAAUUUUGGACAUCUAUUGGGGAAUGUCAAUCAAAUAAGGACUGGAUGGAAGAUCACUGCCCAGUCUCAUGCGGAGUGUGUAAUGGAACUAUGGCAUGUAUCGACCGCCAUCGCCUGUGCAAUUUCUGGUCAGCGAUCAAAGAAUGUGAAACGAACGCGGUUUGGAUGUUGUCCAAUUGCCCAAAAGCAUGCAAAGCGUGUAAAGGAAGGCCCAUUGGACCCGCUCGUGGUUCACGCAAAGAUGGCAGCUUUCGCAUUGAAGAUUGCACGUUUGUCACUACGCAUGAAGACACAUCUCAUCGCAAAACUCUCUCGAUAAAUGACGUAAGAAACAGCAACGCAAAUUUCAAUUGCGCCCCUACGCAAAUGGCACCAAAUUGCAAUAGAAAUCUUUGCUAUCAUUUGAGAUUCCGAACAUUUGACGGCACCUGCAACAAUCUUGAAAAACCAAUGAUUGGCUCAGCUUUUAGCGCUCUUAUGAGAUUAAAGACGCCCAACUACGAUAAUGGCCUCAAUGCACCAACGUCGUCAUUUUUGCGAACUCGCCCGUCGUCGCGCGAUGCAUCACGUCUUCUUCUUUCCUCGCCGUCGCAGAUACCACACCAUUCAAAUGCACUUCUGAUGCAGUGGGGACAAUUUACAGCUCAUGACAUUGCUAAAACUACAAUGUUGAACAACCAGGAGUGCGCCGCCUGUACAUCGAAUAAAGGACGAUGCUUCUCGGUUUUCCUUUCGAGAGCUGAUCCAACAUUCGGCCGCUUUAUGUGUCUCCCCGUGGCUCGUUCUACACCUGUUUGCGGAACUGGUACAAGCAAUUUCCGUGAACAGUUCAAUGAGAAUACCGCCUUUAUAGAUGGAUCUCAGAUUUAUGGCAGCAGUGAUCGCGAUCAGUUCCUCUUCCGCCAAGGCGCCUUCUUGAAGACGAAACUGGUCAAGAACAGGGUUUUUCCUCCUAUUGAUACUAAUAUGAAUGUGGUGGCUGGAGAUGAUAGAGCGAACAUCUUCGUCGGAUUGGCUGCGCUACAUACGCUUUUCCUGAGAGAGCACAACAAAAUCGCCGCCACACUACAGCGAGUAAACAGCCAUUGGGAUCAGGAGCGAAUCUUUCAUGAGACCAGAAAACUUCUUGGCGCUAUCCUGCAAAAGAUCACCUACUAUGAGUAUCUUCCACGAGUUCUCGGAGAAGCAUAUGAGCGGCGUAUUGGCGAAUAUCGCGGUUACGACAAGAAUGUCGAUCCAUCUGUAGCGAAUGAAUUCACCAGUUGUGCUUUUCGAUUCGGACAUGGCAUGAUUCAGGAGUUUUAUCCUUUCCUCGACGAGAAUUUCAAAAAUGUCGGUGGAAUUCCGUUUAACGAAGGAAUGUUCAAAAGUAUUCACAUUCUCAACAAUGGAAUAGAUCCCCUUUUACGAGGUCUCAUUACCCUUCCAGCGAAAAUGCCACAACGGUGAGA